CCACCCACCGGAGAUAAAUUCUUUCGAGUUCCGCCGACCGACUACGAUGGCCAUACAAACAGUGAGAAGGUAAGUAUUCUGUAAUGGAGGGAAGUAAGCAUCGCUGGUUUUCUCGGUGCCCCUUAACUACUACGCUUACUUCCCUUCCAGCGGUAGCGUCGUUGGUUUUCUCGGAGAAAUGCUUAGCACUGGAUUUAAUGUCGUUGGGUUCAACUGGAUGUCGUCGCCGGCGGUCACAGACCUGGAGAGCAUAGUCAUGGAUUGGCUUGGCAAGAUGCUUAAGCUCCCCAAGUCUUUCCUCUUCUCUAGAAAUAGUGGUGGUGUGCUACAAGGGACUACCUGUGAAGCCAUCCUAUGCACGCUCACGGUAGCCAGAGAUCGGAUGUUGAACAGAAUUGGUAGGGAGAACAUAGGGAAGUUGGUGGUUUAUGGAUCAGAUCAGACCCACUGUGCACUCCAGAAAGCUGCCCACAUUGUAGGGAUCUUUCCAAACAACUUCCGUGCCGUUGCAACGAGUAAGGAGUUUGGGUUCACAUCGACGCAGCAUACACUGGAAGUGCAUGGAUAUGUUCUGAGUUUAGACACUUCAUCGAUGGGGUAGAGGAUGCAGGCUCGUU